AUGCCCUUCUCAAUCAAUAACCCGCUGCCGUCGUCUAUGAGGAGCGAAUGUAGGAAGGCUGGCAAGAUCCUAGCAUCGUUCGUAGACCCGCGGCAGGCAUUCGGGCCCGACAAGAUCAUUCCGCCCCAGGUGCUUGCGAACGCGAAGGGCCUCGCGAUUCUCACAGUGUUCAAAGCCGGUUUCCUCGGAACCGCGCGCUUCGGGUCCGGCAUCGUCGUUGCGCGACUCGCUGACGGCUCGUGGUCGGCGCCCUCAGCCAUCGGCACCAUCGGCGGUGGUUUCGGCGGCCAGAUAGGCUUCGAGCUUACCGACUUCGUCUUCAUUCUCAACGAUGCGAGCGCAGUGAAGACGUUCGCCCAGGCCGGGUCGCUCACCUUCGGCGGCAACGUGUCGAUAGCCGCGGGGCCUGUGGGACGCAAUGCCGAAGCAGCCGGCGCGGCGAGCUUGCGCAGCGUAGCCGGUAUUUUCAGCUACAGCAAGACCAAGGGCCUGUUCGCCGGCGUCAGUUUGGAGGGCAGCGGCAUGAUCGAGCGCAGAGAUGCCAACGAGAAGCUGUAUGGCCGCCGGUGGACUGCGCGCGAGCUCCUCGGCGGGCAGGUCCCCCCACCGCCCGCCGCAGAGCCCCUCAUGCGCGUGCUGAACUCCCGCGUCUUCGCCGGCGUUGCAGGCGCCCAGAGCGCAGACGCCAUGUACAACGACAUCCCUGUGUACGACGAUACGCACGACGACGUCGUCUGGAAUGGCCGCCGCGGCUCAGCAAUGGGUGAGGGUGUCCGCACAAACCGCACAGGCUCCAUGGGCCAGGCAGACGAGUACGAAUACCGCGACCGACCGUCGCGCGCGUCCACGUGGCAGGACGACGUGUACGACCGCCAGCCCGUGUCUGCCGGCAUCAACCGCUCCUUUUCCACGCGCGCGAACCCCAACGAGACUUUCGACCGCUUCGACAACCGAUCGAGCAGAGGCUCAGGCUUCGGUGAUGAUUUCGCAGCGAAGCCGGGGCGGCCGACGGCCCCGAAACCAGUCUUCAGAAGAGACAGCAUGAAGCCGGGACAGGCUAUCGCCAAGUUCACGUUUGAUGCAGACCAGCCCGGAGACCUGGGCUUCAAGAAGGGUGAAAUCAUCACCAUCGUCAAGAAGACACAAAGCGAGGCAGAUUGGUGGACAGGCCGGAUAGGCGACCGGGAGGGCAUAUUCCCGAGCAACUACGUCGAAGUCGUCGACUAGAAAUGGACAAGCUCCGACAUUCCGCCAGCGACGACCUAAGACCCAUCUCAAGACCCUCCACCAACAGAUCCUGCACCCUCGCCCCUUCGCUACGUUGCCCUCGUACGAUGGUUGAGGCAGUCUCCAUACUCCGAUGCAGAAGCACCCCGCCCCUCGCGAUUCCGCCGCGCCUUGCACAGUGUCUCUAGACUCUCGACCUCAGACAUAGACGGCCACUGAAACCACUUCUCCCUUCAUCCUUGUUUCCAUCAUUGAGAUUCCCCGCAUCUGCCCAUCGCCGCACCGUUGGUCCAUCUUCUCUUCCUUCGUCCAAAAUUGGUUCUGCUCUAUCUACCGCUAGGGCAUUUCACGGCGUUGUACUAGGGUGCUUCAACUUGGCUGCUUUGUUCUUCUAUUCUUACGUGCAAAGUUUGGCGCUGGGUAGAUUGAGACUUGAUUGAGACUUUUGGCGUCAAAAGAGUUCGUAUCUUCAAUGAAAUUGUGC